UCCGUCCUUUCGUCGGUGAGGGUGGAGUGCCCACACGAAGGCUGUGGGCUCUAUGUCACUUACCACAAGCUCGCCGAUCACCAGAGCGUGUGUCCGCUCGCGCCCUGCAAAUGCCCCGUGCCCGUCUGUGGCUACGAAGGCCCGCCGCCGGCACUCUACCACCACAUCAGCACCACGCAUCCCAUUCCCGUGCACAGGAUCCAGUACGGCAAGGUGCUCCAGCUGCAAGUGCCACUGUCGGAGCCACGGCUCUUGUUGUUCACGGAGGAGGACCGCCGCAUGUUUUUCUUGGUCGGCAGCGUGCUCGACAUCGGCGCGCCUAUCACCGUGUCGGUCGUCUGCAUCAGAGCGGGGGCGUCCCCACUGCCGCACUACGUGGCCAAGCUGUGGGCGAACGGCCCGCCGGGGGAGCCCAAAGGCACGACCGACGCCGUCAAGGUGGAAAUGGAGGUGACAAGCAGCAAGGAUCCCGGCGACGUCGACGUGCAGGAGCUGACCUUCUUGACAGUUCGGCCCAAGCUGCUGGCCGGGGCUAAGCUUGUGUCCUUCCACAUUCAGAUUGACAAGCUCACGUCCUAA